UUAAGUGGAGGAGUGCUGGAGAUUAGCUUGGUCCAGGAUCCUGGGCCCAUCUGUCAGAGAGAUGCUCCGACUGAGAGGAAGUGUUGGGCACAAGCAGGAGAACCAUCUGCUCCUCCAGAGAGGUACCCUGGCACCUGCGUGGACUAUUGGGUGACCAGUUCUACAAGGACGCCAUUGAGCAGUGCCACAGUUACAAUGCUCGCCUGUGUGCUGAACGCAGCGUCCGCCUGCCAUUCCUGGACUCGCAAACCGGCGUGGCCCAAAACAACUGUUACAUCUGGAUGGAACGACAUCACCGCAGCCCCGGGGUCGCAGCCGGGCAGAUGUACACCUACCCCGCCCGCUGCUGGAGGAAGAAAAGACGGCUGCACAACGCCACGGAUACGCGCCUGGGCAUCUACGGUCUCCAGCUCAACAGCGGCCUCAUAGCCAAGGACACCUUGCCCACCCAAGGCACCACGCUGGAGGCGCUGCUGCGAGGAGAGAGUCUGGACAAGAGGAACAACUCCAAGAACGACGAGGAGAGCCUGCUGGAGAUCCAGAGGGUUCUGGAGGCAGACGCAGCAGAAGAUGCUUUCCACGAUGAUGAUGACGACUAUGAGGUGAACACUCCCAAGAAGAGACAUCGGGGCAAAGGAAGAGGUCGGGGUUCAGGCCGCAAGAAGGCCGAUGUGGAUGAAGACAAGCCAUAUGUCUGUGACAACAGAUACAAACAAAAGCAGAACUCCAAAUCUUCGGCUUCAGUCUGUGCGAAGCGCUACAGGAACCGCACGGGGCUAAGCUACCACUACACCCAUUCCCACCUCGCAGAGGAUGGCCGAGCGGGGGAGAGAAGCUCGGUGGCGUCGAAAGCGCCCUCUGCACAGCAGAUGGACAGACACAAGCGUCCGAAGGGUCCAGGUGGGACCAGUAUUCCCAACAACUACUGUCAUAAAUGCCAGGGCUCACUCAAGAAAACGGGUAAAUCUGGGUCUCCCUACUCAACCUGCCAAUGCAAAACUGACCGCACAGACGAGAAGGAGGACGGGACUUUCACUGGAGCGGAGGAGCUGUUCGGCACCACCUCGGAGAGCGACACCUCCACCUUCCACGGCUUCGAGGAAGACGAGCUGGAAGAGCCCGCCGCAAACAGCAACGGAAUAUCCAACCGACAAAGAGAGAGAGCCAUUUAGAUAUGCUGAUGAUUUUUUUUUAAUAUGGAAUAACCUCGAGCAAAAACCUGCUGCUUCUUUUUCAAUGUUUUUUGUUUGCAGAAAGCACAAAGUGAUAAUUUCAGGACAGAAAUGCAAGUGGUAUUUUAACUACUGAACAUUGUUGAAUAAUUUAUGAACACCUUUUUUUUAUAUAAAUAUAUAUAUACACACACACAUAUAUAUAUAUAUAUAACUUUCAAGGCUAUGAACGACUGUCAGUGUUUCUUGACAAGUGACCUGGUCUCUUUGCAUAACAGAAGAUGGAGUGGGAUUUUUGUUCCCGUCACUGGAGCAGAAGCAUACACGUUAUGAACAAAAAACACUGGAUACAUUUUAACAAUUGAAAAUUAGGCAUCAAUGACACAGUACAUUUGGGAGAUGAUUGCAUGUCAUUGCAGAGCCAUACUCGAGCUACUGGGUGUUUCUGAAUCGGUAGUCGGUGUGACUGAAGGUCUCUGCUUCUGCGCUAACCCUGGAUUAAACUUGUACGACAAUGAAGGAACCAAUGAAAGGACUGCCACAGGCCACUGGACAUGUUUGGAGAUGAAGAAGUCUUUAAAUAUAGUUUUUACAGAGAUAGAGGACUAAAUUAAUGGAAGGAGCCCCCAGCACACUGGCAUGUGGCCCAGAGGUGCGGAUGACCAGUGAAGAAAAGGUUUACGCUCUGGAAAAAAAAACGAAGGAGCCUUCGUGUCCGUUUUGAUUCGGUCCGAAAAAUAACUGACCUGAAACGGAUGAACAGACAUCCACCACGUCGACAGGCCGUGUGGCUUAAUUGAAGCAACUGCUCCCUUGACGAUAUGUAUUGAUCCCUUCUAAACAUUUGAAAUGUGAGUAGAUCCAGCUUCAUUUCAUCCUUUCUGCCCGGUGCUGAAGCUCCACUGGGAACGCUGAAGGCCAGACCGCUGGACUGUGUGUGCCCAGCCGGUGCGUUCGGGGCCCCGGGGCCCCGGAGCCGGCCCACUCCCGCUCCGUGUGUCUGCCGUGUGAUCCGAUGUGACACGAAGACGUCCCUGUGCCAGCCUGCCGCUCUGACAGCCAUGACCCCCUCUAACCUGAUUGGACCAGUGACCCCCUGACCCCCAGCCAUAAACAUGGUGCUCAAAUCCACCACGAUUACAUGAAGACCUCUGGACUACUGUAUUAAUAACCUGACAUGGUUGUUAUCCCUCUGCCUCUGUGUCCGUGUCCGCUCUCUGUUUUCCGGCCUCUCUGAACUCAUCACUCGAAUGCGUCGCAGUAACUUGGCGCUUCUUUCUUUUGUGCAUCUUUUCUCUGUUUUCUAUGUUUUUGAUCUCUUUAAAGUUUGAUGAGUAUGACUUCUUGGGUUUGUUCAGACUGUCUUGAUACCUCUGUCCUGAUCAGGUGCACAAUAGCCACAACUACUCAGGCAUCUUUCAUUUCCUCUGCUGUCGAUUGUUCAGCAACGUAGUCCUGAUUCAUGUGUUUGUAUUCCGUUAGCAAGGAGGAACAAUAACGCCACACCGGCAUCCCGUCAUCAUCAACUCCCAUCCACGUGUUUUAAAUGCUGCAGUCUCGUGCUCUAGGAACACAUUGCAAUAACAGGCCUGCUCUGCUCUCCGUUUGAACGUCAUCCCGUCUCAGCAGAUUGUGAGCGACGGCAACAAGAACCAUCUCGGAUUAAUUUGAAAACAAUGUUGUUGCGAGAGAGACAACAACUCCGCUCAGAUCCACAUAUUUAAUGAGAAGAAAACUGUAAAUCAAAGUUAUGUGACAUUUCCGUUGAGUGCUUUGGAGGGCCUAAUUGCUUUAUGACACUUAGAAGGCGCUUGCAGAACUAUAUCCAAAAGCCUUUUCGGUCCAUAGGUUGCACACACUGUGUAAGAGGUCUGUGUCCUAUGUGGUCAUUCAGUAACAAUGUAAUAAUAGCCACUCCGUUUUUGAAGGUAACCAUUAAUCCUAUUUGUCGAGUGUGACUUGCAAAAGUGUUUGUGCAUUCAGACCGUCCUUCUUCACUUCCCUCAGGGACCCUUCACACAACAGUUUAUCUCCUCUGGACAAAGAGUGGAUCUGAGACUUCUCAAUUAUCUAGUCGUCUUUUGUAUGUGGUGUUUCCACGAUGAAAUGGGUCAAUGUGUCUUUUAUCUUCCAAAGUCAUGCCAGUAAGUGAAAGUAUGUGCUCAUCAAUCAUAACCUGCUUAAUGUUACCUGCCGCAUGUGAACGGGCCGACGGCGCGGCUCUGAACAAUAGGAGACGCUCCUAAAUGCAAACGUCAGUGCUGUCUGCUUGGAACGGUGUGUCACCAAUCAUUGAAUAGCCUGUAUACCUCGUCGAAGACACAGCAAUAGGCCCUGAUGCUCUUGUCAAAGCCUGCGGGGGGGUGGAGAGGGAGGAUCGGGGUGGGAACGGAGCCAAGAGGAGAUGGAACGGACAUGACUGGCCGUCUGUUCCAUCUUCAGCUGUAAAUAUGAGUUGAAAUGGAGAGAAUGAAGAAGUCUUUGUUUGUUAAACUAUUUUUAUUGUUCUGAAAAAAUAAAGAAAAAUAAUAAAGAAUGAAUGGUAACGUUCGAUGCUGUUUUUCCUGAUAAAGACCAGGGGGCUUCUUGAAGAUGCAGCCGAUAGGCAGGAGAGCCCGAGAUGAUGCCCUCGGAUCGAUGGGUUGGAGGGACCCUCGGACUGUGAGCAGACGGGAAGGAAAAGACCCACGAAGUGAGUUUGUGAGAGCAGAAGUACGAACAAGACGACUAAAGGGGCGCCAACACGGCUCGCUCUGAUGAUGAGGAGCUGUUGCUUAACCCUUGUGUUGCCUUCGGGUCAUUUUGACCCGAAUCAAUAUUACACCCUCCCCCCGCCUUUGGGUCAUUUUGACCCGAUUCAAUGUUUCACCCUCCUGUUACCUUUAUAUUUACUCACAUAUUUUACCCUUUGGGUUCAAUUUGACGCCAGAAAUUAAAACCUCCAGAAAAUUAUUAGAAUUAAUAUUGUUUUCCAAGUUUAAGUGUGAGGCACUUUAUGUUUGUUUGUUGACUACCGAAAGAACACCGACAUUAAACAUUGAAUGGGGUCAAAUUAAUCCUAAGGCGGGGGGAGGGUGUAAUAUUGAUUCGGGUCAAAAUGACCCUAAGGCAACACAAGGGUUAAGAAAGCUAAAAGAAGCCUUGUAUGAUUAUUAUGGUCUGCAGGUAUAAAGGAGGGAGAUGCUUCAAAUAUGGCUUAGACGUCCACUUCAAAGAUGAACUGUUGGAGAUUUUGGUGGUCUAAAGUCAACGUGGCAUAAGUGACAUCAUACGUGACAUCACGUCUGUGCCAUUCUCGUGAGUCUCAGGAAUGCCUCAAACAUCUUCAAGUGUGUUGCAAACAUCCACUUGCAAUUACAAAAUAUGUUCUCGGCCAUAGGUCAAGAAUUAAUAUGCUAAUUAUGACAAUUUUGUACAAGAAUAAUUUAAAUGAUUUCCACAAACAUGGAUGUAACUUCCAACUUGACUGGUUGGCACGUUUUACCAUGAAUCUUUUUGUAUGACUUCAAAGAACUCGUACACUCUGACUUUUAUAUGACAGACUAUAAUAUGACUUUUAUGAAUUUUCAAAUCACUAUGGGAUUUUUAUUUAAUUGUAAAUGUGGAAACAUUGUACGUAUUUUAAUAUUCUGUACUAUGGAAUUUUAUAUUUGUUAUUGUCACUUUUAAGACAUAAAAAAAUACUUUUAAUUUGUAUGACCAGGCAAGAUGUUUUUUUAUUGACACUUUAAAACGUUUUUUAUGAAAUGCAAUACUUUUUUGAUGGCACUUUUUAUGUAAAAUGUUACUAUGACAUUUUUAUUCUUUUAUAUCUUUCCAACAUGCUUUCGCAUGAUUUUGUUUUUCAUAGUUUUUAGAAUUUUUUUGGACAUACUUUUCUAUGACUUGAAUUUUAUAGCAUGACUUGUUUUUAACAUACUACACCAGGACCUUUUUAGGGCGGACCUCAUGCCUUUAUGACGUACUAUAAUAUCACUUUAUUUGGACAUACUAUACUCAGACCUAUAAAAUGUUUUUUUCAAAAUUCUAUCGUAUGACUUCUUUAAGACAUGCUUAAUUUUAACACAUUGAUACCAUGACCUAGUUAUGAUGCACUAUAAUAUCCCUUUUUUCUAAAUAAUAUACUGGUAUGACUUUUCUUUGACAUAUAACAUACAACAAUGUGACUCUCUGUCAUUUCUUUUGAAAUAACUAUAUAACUUUAUUUCCACAUACUAUCCUAGGAGCUUCCUCAUGACUUACUGUGCUAUUAGUUUUAUUUCGGCAUAUACUAUGAUUUUUCAACAUAAUACAACAGGAUUCAACAUACUAGUCUAUGCAUUAAAAAAAAGAAAUUUCGACAGUCUAAUGUUACUUAUCAUAAACUACAAUCUUGACUUUCUUUUGACAUAAUUUAAAAAGAAAUACUGUACUAUUUAUUCCACUAUAAUGUUAAACUCGUGGUACCAAUACGUCAUAAAAAGUCAAAUUUAUAUCUUACUUUUUUGACGUUAUUAGAAGCACUAUUUAAUUACCCUUUUUCUAAGUACUAUGACUUUACUACAUUUGUUUGUGACUUUUUUCACAUUUUUCAAAAAGAUUUCACAUACAUGACUUCCUCUCCUAAACUUUGACCUACUAUGAUAGGAUUUUUUUGGGACAAACUGACAUUUCUUUUAAGCGGUGACUAUUAGGCGCUUUCUCACCUCACAAAUUUCCAUGGAUCACGAGUAAACCUGGACCGUGGUGGUGCGGCCGCCACGGUCCAUCCUGAUGUCUUUUACCAUUAAUGUUCCCGACACUGUUUUUAUUAUCAUUAUCAUUAAACAUCUACUGUAGCAUCUUA